AUGGCGCCUCACGCCUCGGCGGCCACCGCAGCCGCUGCUACCCCUGCGCUGCGCUUUCCCCACACUUUGUCCGCCACGGGCCUCUCCUCGUGGCCUCUCGCUGGGGGCUGCGGCGGCUGCCGGGCUCGGUUCCGCCCCAGCCGGCGCGGCCCGGGUAUGCAGGGGCGGCGAGAAGGUGGCUCCCACGUGGCGCGCGUGGGGGGCCUGCUGGGCAGCGUAUUCGGCGGGGGCGGCCGCGACGACGGGGAGGCCACGCGGAAGAAGUACGCCGACACCGUGGUGCGCAUCAACUCCAUGGAGCCCGAGGUCUCCGCGCUCUCAGACGCCGACUUGCGCGCACGCACCGCCGCGCUCCAGGACCGUGCUCGCUCCGGGGAAUCCCUGGAUUCCCUUCUCCCCGAAGCAUUUGCUAUUGUGAGGGAGGCUUCCAAGAGAGUUCUAGGCCUCCGUCCCUUUGAUGUGCAGUUGAUUGGUGGCAUGGUUCUGCACAAGGGGGAGAUUGCAGAAAUGAAGACUGGAGAGGGGAAGACUCUUGUGGCCAUUCUGCCAGCAUACUUAAAUGCUUUGAGUGGGAAAGGAGUGCAUGUUGUCACUGUAAAUGAUUAUCUUGCAAGACGUGAUUGUGAGUGGGUUGGUCAAGUUCCCCGAUUUCUAGGACUGCAGGUUGGCUUAAUUCAACAGAACAUGACACCCGAGCAAAGGAGGGAAAAUUACUCAUGCGAUAUUACUUAUGUCACAAACAGUGAGCUUGGUUUUGAUUAUCUAAGAGAUAACCUUGCAAUGACUGUAGACGAACUUGUUUUGAGGAACUUCAAUUACUGUGUGAUAGAUGAAGUUGAUUCAAUCCUUAUUGAUGAAGCAAGAACACCUCUUAUAAUAUCAGGCCUAGCUGAAAAGCCAAGCGACCGGUAUUACAAAGCAGCAAAAAUAGCUGACGCUUUUGGGCGAGACAUUCAUUACACGGUGGAUGAAAAGCAAAGAAAUGUUUUACUUACAGAAGAAGGUUACGCUGAUGCUGAAGAAAUACUGGACAUAAAUGAUCUAUAUGAUCCUCGUGAACAGUGGGCUUCGUAUGUUCUAAAUGCAAUCAAGGCUAAGGAGCUCUUCCUUAAAGAUGUCAAUUACAUUGUUCGUAGCAAGGAAGUGCUUAUUGUAGAUGAGUUUACUGGCAGAGUUAUGCCGGGCAGGCGAUGGAGUGAUGGUCUCCAUCAAGCAAUUGAAGCAAAAGAAGGUGUAUCUAUACAAAAUGAAACCAUAACACUCGCAUCAAUAAGUUACCAAAACUUCUUUCUUCAGUUUCCCAAACUCUGUGGCAUGACUGGAACUGCAGCUACAGAGACCCAAGAGUUUGAGAGCAUAUAUAAACUUAAAGUUACUGUUGUUCCAACAAACAAGCCAAUGAUACGGAAGGAUGAGUCAGACGUUGUUUUUAGAGCAACAAAUGGAAAAUGGCGUGCUGUUCUUGUGGAGAUAUCAAGAAUGAAUAAAGUUGGCCGUCCUGUGCUUGUUGGUACCACCAGUGUUGAGCAAAGUGAAUCUUUAUCAGAGCAAUUGCGUGAAGCUGGGAUUCCUCACGAGGUCCUGAAUGCUAAGCCAGAGAAUGUUGAGAGGGAGGCAGAGAUUGUAGCUCAGAGUGGACGCCUUGGUGCUGUGACAAUUGCCACCAAUAUGGCGGGGCGUGGAACUGAUAUUAUCCUUGGUGGCAAUGCAGAAUUCAUGGCCAGGUUGAAGUUGCGUGAGAUCCUUAUGCCAAGAGUCGUCAAUCCAAUAGAUGGCGUUAUUGUAUCCAAAAAGCAGAUGCCACCAAGAAAGACAUGGAAGAUGAACGAAAGCUUGUUCCCAUGUGAACUCUCAAAAGAAACGUUAUCAUCCGUCAAAGAUACAGUUGAAAUGGCUGUCAAAGAAUGGGGAGAGAAAUCAUUAACUGAACUGGAAGCAGAAGAGCGGUUGUCCUACUCAUGUGAGAAGGGACCAACACGUGAUGAAGUAAUAGCAAAUUUGAGAAAUGCAUUUAUGAAGAUAGCAGAUGAAUAUAAAGUUUACACUGAGGAGGAAAAGAAGAAGGUCAUUACAGCAGGUGGGCUUCACGUAGUAGGGACAGAGCGCCAUGAAUCGCGCAGAAUUGACAAUCAGCUCCGUGGUCGAAGUGGAAGGCAAGGGGAUCCUGGAAGCUCUCGCUUCUUUCUUAGUCUCGAGGAUAAUAUUUUCCGGAUCUUUGGUGGUGACAGGAUACAGGGUCUGAUGCAAGCAUUCCGAGUUGAAGAUCUUCCUAUCGAAUCGAAAAUGCUAACAAGGGCUCUAGAUGAAGCACAACGAAAAGUUGAGAACUACUUUUUUGACAUCAGGAAGCAGUUGUUUGAGUAUGAUGAGGUAUUGAAUAGCCAGAGAGAUCGUGUAUAUGCAGAAAGAAGACGUGCUCUUGCAUCUGACAGUCUUGAGUCACUUAUUGUGGAAUACGCUGAAUUGACAAUGGACGACAUAUUAGAGGCUAACAUAGGCCCUGAUACUCCAAAGGAAAAUUGGGACCUGAGCAAACUUAUAGCUAAGCUGCAACAGUAUUGCUAUCUGUUGGAUGACUUGACACCAGAAUUGUUGGAGGGCAAAAGCUCAAGCUGUGAGGAUUUGCGGGAAUACCUCCGUAAGCGAGGGCGUGAAGCUUACUUCCAAAAAACUGAAAUUGUGGAGAAGCAAGCUCCGGGAUUGAUGAAGGAAGCUGAGCGGUUUCUAAUUCUCAGCAAUAUUGAUAGGCUGUGGAAAGAACACCUGCAGGCACUAAAGUUUGUCCAACAAGCUGUUGGUUUAAGGGGUUAUGCCCAACGAGAUCCCCUUAUUGAGUAUAAACUUGAGGGAUAUAAUCUUUUCUUAGACAUGAUGGCUCAAAUCAGGAGAAAUGUUAUUUAUUCUGUAUAUCAGUUCAAACCAGUGGUGAAGAACCAAGAAGAGGAAGCAUCCCAAAAGAAGGUGUCAAAAAAGAAACUGGACAAAGGAGCUAACAAACUUGGUGCUGCCCAAGCUGCAUCAUGA